GUUGUUUACAUUUUCCAAGUUUAUGAAUUCAUCACAUUUGUCAGUGAAAGAAAUGAUGAAUGAAGCUUGAUGUUGAAAAGAAUAUCAUUUCUGAGUGUCUCAAAUGCCUUUAUUUCGACGUUCGGUACAUCUUUAUCUAUUGGAACGACAUCGUCGUGAAAUGACAUUAUCCGGAUUGGAUAAAUCACGAUGGUAUCGUUUGUGUUUGAAUGACGUUAAUGUCGACGAUGAAUUGUGGAGCAGAUUCAUGGAAUGUCAUCUGGAUUCGGGCACUCAGCAAUUCAUCGACCAUUGUUAUUAUCAAUCGCAAUGUUUUUUUCGUUCCUUAUGGAUAUUGAUAAUGCGUUCCAUAUUGAAAUUAUUUCUAUCAUCUACAUCGAUCUGUGGCCUGCUCAACUGUGGUCGAAUGUUUGUGUUUAGUGAUGAACAAAUUGAAAAGUUUUGUUUUAACACACUCGACAUGCAAUCGAUUGAUGGUCGUGUAAAACGACAAAACUACGGCACAUUAUUGGAUAUUGGUGCUGGUGAUGGUAACGUGACGGACAAACUAGCCAGAUAUUUUCAUCGUACCUAUGUAACUGAAUUGUCACGUACAAUGCAAAAUCGAUUGAUUGAACGUGGAUUUCAUCUGCUCAAUGUGGAUGAAUGGCAUAAACACCCCGUUCAUUUUGACAUGAUUAGCUGUUUGAACGUUCUCGAUAGAUGUGAUAGGCCAUUGGAAAUGUUGAGCCAGAUUCGCCAAUGUCUGCAACAUUCGGGUGGUCAUUUGUUGUUGGCAAUCGUGUUACCAUUAGUGCAGUAUGUAGAGUCGAAACGAAAUCAUCAACCGGAACAACGUCUACCGGUCGAAGGAACGACAUUCGAACAACAGGUGCAAUCAUUUUUUCACAAUGUUCUUGUGCCGGCCGGAUUCGAAUUAAUUUGCUGGACCAAGCUGCCAUAUCUUUCGGAGGGCAAUAUUGAUCUUACUUAUUUUUGGUUGAUAGAUGCUAUUUUUCUGCUCAAACCGGCCACUUGUUAUUCACUUAUCGACAGAUCAGAUUUGGUUAUGAAUAUGAAGUAUUUGAAAUCGAUAUCCUGUUUUACAGUUUUACUGCUGUCAGCCACUGUAAUAACAGCUCAAACAAAUUCGAAUGAUGAUACGAAUGGAAAGAAAGAAAGUUUUGUCAUAUUGCAUGAACAACAAGAUGAAGAUGAAGGAAUCCUGCGGCGAGAAUUCGAACAUCUGAAAACCUUUUUGGCAAACAAUAUGCCCAUGGUGAAUGUAAUUUCCAAUUGGAUCUCGCCAUCAUCAAGAAGAAUGGUCUUUGAUGAAUCAGCAGAGAAAGAAAGAUCAAUGAUUGGUCGUUCAGUCAUUGAUGAUACGAUGAACGUCAUUUACAAUCGCCUGAUCGAUUAUGGAUUCCAUUCGGUGGGCAUCAGUGAUUCAUGUCGAGAGUUGGCCAUAUGUAAUACAUCCAAUUACGUUCUUACCCAGAUGCCUGCCUUUCUCGAAGCCUAUGGUCGUGAACGUUUGAUGAAUUUUCCCACUUCAGUGUUUGGAAAUCAUGAUUAUACGAAUGCCUGGAUUGUUGGUCUAAGUUCAGCAGAACCAUCAUUUUGUCCGUCAUUAUUUGCAUGCGAUAAUAAUGAUCAACCUAGCAGUAUAUCGGUUACUGAAAUGCCUAACAUGGCGACCGUAAAGAUACCGAUUCAGAUGAAUCAACAGACAGCCUAUUAUGUUUCGAAUGCAAACGAACCGCAGCAACCGAAACCGCCUUUGAUGCUUUUGAUCGAGGUUAUCCAACCCGGUCAAAAUAAUAGCAAACGGAAUUGAAUGUCCCAAAAUAAUUGUACCCUUAUCUAUGAAUA